CUCUCCCCUCUCCAGUUCAAAGAAGAGUUGAUUCUCUGGGUGCUGUUACAUCUGACUUCCACCAUGUGUUUUCUGUCCAAGGCAUUUGCUCUGGCUCUGCUGCUGACCCUGACCACAGCCGCUCCAACUCCUGAAGAAUGUGCCAAUCUGAAUAAAACCCUAUCAGCUGAGGAGCUGCACACGAUCUCUGGGAAGUGGAUCCUGCAUGAGCUCUACCUUUUGGGUGAUGAUGAAAUUGGAAAGUCAGUGAAAGAGAUCAACAGCUCCUGGAUUGAAUUAAAGCCUGCAGACAACAACCAGACAUUCAUUGCUAAACAGGGAUUUUUGGCGAAUGAGGUGUGCAUCCGCUAUUCGCUCAAUUUGACUGUAGCUGGGAAUACAUUGCAAAUCCCAACUAUCUCUCAAGGUUCCACAUCCUUCCUGAAGACCUGUGAUGACUGCCUGUUGGCGCACUUCAGCAAUAGUGAUAAUCAAGUUAUUUUAUUUUAUGCCAAGACAGAGACGGUACCACAGAAAGACCAGGAAGAAUUCAGGGAACAAGCCAAAUGUCUGGGCUUCCAACAGCCUCCACUUUUCACCUACACGCAAGCAGAGUUGUGUCCGGAGUAGAUUGAAAGCACCAAAGAAACUGAAGAAUAACAGCUCCAUGAUCAUUAAAAUGUUUAGAAAAACA